GGCCAAUGGCACAAGCCGAAGUCGGAGCUACCGACCAAUCCCCUUAGCGAUUGCUCUCCCAAGCCUCCUGACUGCUGCUAGUGUGUUUUUUGUUGGACGGCGCGAAGUUUGAAUUGGGAAAUGCGAUCGCGGAGAGAACGGGGAAUUAUUUUUAUUUAGCGCAACCGGGUCCUCUGGAUAUCAGUUCCCAAGGUGAACUGCUGGGAGUGAUCCUGUAGGAGCAGCAGGAUGAGUUGGGUCGUGGAGGAAUGGAAGGAGGGGCUGCCCACAAAGACCCUUCAGAAGAUCCAGGAGCUGGAAAGUCAGUUGGACAAGCUAAAGAAAGAACGGCAGCAAAGGCAAUUUCAACUGGAGUCUAUGGAGGAUGCUUUCCAAAAGCAGAAACAAAAGGCAGAAAGUGAAAAAAACGAAGUUGCCGCCAUAAAACGAGAGAAUCAGAGUUUGAUAGAGACGUGUGACAACCAGGAGAAGGCGAAGCAGAAGAUUACACAUGAGUUCCAGGUGAAGGAGUCACAGGUCAACUUCCUGGAAGGGCAACUCAGCGCCAGCAAGAAGCAAAUUGAAAAACUGGAGCAAGAGCUUAAAAGGUACAAGAACGACCUGGAGAAAAGCCAACUGUCAUUUAAUGCCUGUGACAUGUCAGUGUGCGUCACUCCCCAGAAGAGCUUUGUGGCUCCGUAUACACCAAAUAAAUACAAUGAUUCGAGGUAUGAGGAAUUGCAAGAGAAAUACCAGAAAGAGGUGGAAGAGAGGAAGAGGUUGGAAACAGAACUGAAAGUAUUAAGGAAUGUGCCCCAGCCUACACAGGCCUCUUCCCAGAACAACAUCACCCACCGAGAUAUUGCAAGGCACCAGGCUUCCUCGUCUGUGUUCUCCUGGCAAGAAGACCGAACCCCAAGUCGAUCUUCAUCCUCCAGUCAUAAUAAAACCCUUAAGAGAAGUUUUGCAUCAUCCCACCUCCCGUGGGAGGAGGAAACCCCAAGCAAAAGAGGCAUUCGAUCGGAGAACUUGGGGAUCAAUACCAGCGACCCCUACAGCUCUCAGCUUAAUGAUCAGCUAAAAGCCCAAAAUCAAGAGCUGAAAUCCAGAAUUAAUGAGCUGGAGAUGCGCUUGCAAGUUCAAGAAAAAGAUCUAAAAAAUCAGCUAAACAAACUUCAGGAAACCCAAGCUCUGUAUGAAAAAAGCCAGCGGGAACUCUCUGAAAGAGACAAAACCCUAGCGAAAUGCAAGGAUGACUUGGCACGUGUGACUGCUCAGUGUGAGCAGACUGCUAAUAAGUGUGCGACGGCGGAACAGAAGUUAAAGAAGGUUUCAGACGAGCUGAGCUGCCAGAGGCAAAACACUGAGAGUGCGAGGAUCGCUUUGGAGCACAAACUAAAGGAACGAGAGAAGGAAAACCAACAGGAGAUAUUGCAGCAGCAGAGUUCCCUUAAAAACAUGGAGCAGCAGCUGAGCCAGAUGAAAGCCAAGAUGAGCCAGGAGGCACAACAAGCUAAGAAUGACUUCAACGCCCUCCAAUCAGAACUUGACCGGGCCAUUCAUACAAAAAAGAUUUUGGAAAAUGAAAAGGAAGAACUAAGGCAGAGGCUAAGCCGAGAGGAACAAGCCUUGUGUCAGAGCCGAAGUAAUGAAAAUGAUUUAAAGAAAAGCCUGGAGGAUUCAAAGUCAGAAAAAAAUGCCAUGAAAAACCAGUAUGAUCAGAAAUCGAAAGAAUCUCUGAAACUGGAAGAAGAAUUCCAAAUUGCAAACCAAACGCUGAGGCAAAACCAGCUCUUUGUGGAUGAAAUGAAAGCUAAGAAUCUUCAUUUAGAAGCAGAACUAAAGUCGGCUAUUGAGAAACUGCAAGGCCAAGACUCUGCUGCCUUUCUAAAUCUGAAAGCCACAGUGCAUAAUUUGGAAAUGGAAAGGAAUUUUGCCCAAGAAUUAUUAAAGAAGAGAGAGAAUGAUUUUGAAGAAAUGAAAAGUAAUCUAGCGAGAAUGAUGGAAGAAACAAACGCCAUAAAAAGUCACCUCGAUCACAAAGAAAAAGAAUGUAAGGAACUGAUAAAUACCAACAUUUCACUUAAUAGCUGGAAAGGGGAACAGGAGAAUGUUGUGAGUGAGAUUACCCGAGAAAAAGAUGCUCUGUUAAAGAAGAUUCAGGAGUUGGAACAUUUGCUUCAGACUCACAACGACCAAGUACAUUUGUUAGAAAAUGACAAGAAAAACUUGCACACUCAAAUUAAAACUUUGCAAGACAUUGUAGAUGCCAAGACUGUGGACCUGCAAAAUCAGCAACUGGCAUGCAAUGGACUUAAACAAAAUCUAGACCAUGAAAACCAGAAAUUUACCGGCGAAACUGAAAAGUUUCAGUUGAGAAUUUCCGAGCUUGAGAAAGCAGUUGAAGAGCAAAAUUCUUCUGCUUGUUCGGACAAAUCGUCUUAUUUCGAGAAUUUGCUGCUCCACGAGAAGCAGCUGAAUUGUGAAAUGCAAAAGCAGAUGAAGGAACUGUUGAAGGAGAAGGAGGAACUCCAGAAAUGUCUAACCGAAGCAGGGGAAUUGCACGAACAGUUUGUAGCAGGCUCCAGAAACCACGUGGAGAGCUUGCAGGAAAACAUUUCUUCAAAGCAAAACUACGUUGAGUCAAUAGAGUGUGCAAUUAGAGAGAAAGAAGAGCAAAUUACCAUUUUAACAGAAAAAUCAGGCGUUCAAGAUGCAAACUUGCAAUCUGCCUGGGAGAAAAACAAAGCUCUUGAUGAUAAACUGCAAGAGCUCAGUCUGCUCUCUGAAUCAUGGCCUUCAGAACGGGAAAGGCUAAAUUCCCAAAUUAGUCUGAAUGAGAAGGAAAUUGAACGGCUAACUGAAGAAAAUAGAAGAGCCAAUCAAGUCAAUGACUCUCUGAAGGAUGAGAAAACAAACAAGGAACUAGUGCACCAAUUAGAGGCUGAAACUUCCGAAUCAUCAGAAGAGGAUAGGUUUGAGCCUAGAGGGUUGCCUGACGGAGCAGGCAUUGAAAAUUUGAAUGAGUUUGAAGCACUUCAGCAAGAACUGGUUCAUGCAAAAGAAAAACACUGUAGACUGCAAAGAGAAAUCGACCGGUUGACUAAUUCCAACGAGGAACUUGUCAAAUUGCUCGAUGACCUCCGAAACAAUGAACAGUCUCUUGAUAACAUCACAGAUUUAAGUGCUUAUUUGAAGGAAAGAGAAAAUUCUCUAAAUAACAGCCAUUUUGUGCUUGAGACCCUUCCAAUGGAUCUCGAUGAUGAUGAUAAACAAAUUUACAAGGGAAGAACUGAUACGGCUUCCCUACAGGAAACGACAAACACUCUAAAGUGGAACAAUGAUCUACAUUUAGAACAAGAGGACACAUUUUUAUGUGAUAUGGAUCCGGCUGAACAUGCCACCAAUAUUUCUAACCUUCUGGUGAACAUCAGUGACAACCAAACCAGUAGACUUCAUGCCAGCCAGUGUGAUGACAGUAUUUGCCUUAAUAAAGACCUUUUAGGCCUUCAAAUAUCUGGUGACGGAGCAACUACUACAGCAGCUCAGACUAUUGGUGACAAUGAAAGUAGUGGUGUCUUCACUUCAUUGAAUGAGAGCAUGUCAAAACAUGUGGACGAGACCUUGGAAAAUGUAAUGAAAUCAUCAGUUCCUCAAAGUCAGAGUAGUAGUCCAUCCCCAUUGAAUUCUAAUACCAGAAAAGUACAUGAAACCAAUAGGAAGUCUAUCACUGGUGAAUCCGCUGCUGACUCCAUCCUUGGGAAAUCCCUUGAAGAUCAGUUAUGGAUGAUGACGGUCAUGGCCAACGGAGAUGCGGGUGACUUAAAAGAAUUUUUGACAAUUUACCAAACAGAAAUCGAUGAGUUAAAAGCACAGCACCUCUUAGAAAUGGAAGCUUGCAAGCAGAAGAUGAAGGAAGAAGCUGCAGAGCUGGAAAUUAAACUGGCAGCUGAGAAGCAACAGACGGAGUAUUUAUCGCAUGAACUCGAAGUGGCGAGACUUGAACUGCAGUGCCUUGACCUGAGCGCACGCUCAUUUCUGUCUUUUGAUACUGAAGAUUUAUCAAAAACAUUGGAAGUCGCAAACCAGAGUAUCUGCACCGUUUUGCCCAUAGGAAAGUUAUCCCUUAGCAGCAGUGAAUUGCUCACAAACCAUAAUCUAAAAAAUCUCAUACAAAGUCUGGAUUCGACCAACUCUGAGGCCAAAAGGGACGAAAGCGUUCUGGCAACUAGCUGUCUGGACAUUACAAAGGAAGGAGAUGAAAAUGCCCUGAGCCUUGAAGAAAAUACUAAAUACUCUGCUGACUCUACAAGUAGUAACAUAUCAGAUACUCCAGCCAGCAAACUGAGUUUGCAAGGAAUUAUGGAAACCCUAAAGAUGCAGAUGCAUCAAGCCACAGCUGAAAAUCUUAAACUGAAACAGUCAGUUGAGGCUGCAGAGGAAAAAAAUCAAAGUUUGUAUGCAGAAAUAGAAUCUCUGAAUAGUCAGAUUGAGCAACAGAAGACAGAACUUGUAGGGAAGGAGAAUAUGGGCAGCGGGCUUCAAGGCAGAGUAAAAGAGCUUGAAGAUGAAAGACUACAGUUGUCUCAAGAGAAACUGCAACUAGCCAGCCGAGUUGGUGACCUUGAGAAGGAACUUGGUAACAUUUCUAAUGCAACGGAGAUGCUGAAAGGACAGCUGUCUCAUGUGUCUGGAAUAAGGGAGGAUUUAGAAAUCUCAAAUGGAAAUUUAAAGGAAAAGUAUCUGGAAACAGAAAAUGAAUUAAGGCGGGUUAAAUCGGAAAGAGCAAACAUAGAGAGCCAUGCCUUAUCUCUUGAAAGUGAUCUAGAAGAAAUUCACGCUAAAUGCCAGCAUUUACAGGAGGAAAGCGAAGAGUACCGAAGAUCUGUUGCAACUUUACAAGACCGUCUCAGUGUUGUUGUGGCAGAGAAGAAUCAACUCGAUCAAGAGCUCGGGAAUUUAACCGAAGAGAAAGACGAGCUUGAGGAAAUGUAUCAGAAACUGAAGAAAAAGGUUGAAGACCUUGAAUUAAAUAAGGUGCACAACAGAGAUCUGAUUAAGAUAUUAGAAACCGAAUUGCGGACAUUAAAAGCGGAGCUUCAGACAGCAAAAGCAUCAAUGGAGCAACUGUCUACCGAAAAAGAUCAUUUAACAGACCUGCAGGAAUCUGAAAAGAAUGGGCAAGUGGAAACAGAAGGGCUUAAGAACCAGGUACAACAAAUAGAAGAGGAAUACCGACUUUUGUUAAAGGACUCUGAGGAUAUGCAGGCUCAAAUGAGUAAAGUGUGCAACGAAAAGGAUGCAAUUUCUAAAGUUCUAGAGAGUUGCCAAUAUGAGAAACGGGAACUGGCCACAAACUUGAGCUCUGCCCAGGAAGAAGUUGCUCAGAUGCGGGCUGGGAUUGAAAAACUCAAGGUUCGAAUAGAGUCCGAUGAAAAAAAGAAGAAUCACUUGAUCGGGAAGCUAAAAGAGACCGAAAGGAAUUCAGAUCAUCUGAAAGAUAAAAUUGAGAAUCUGGAGCGGGAAUUGCAGAUGUCGGAGGAAAACCUUGAGUCUGCGAUCCUUCAGUCGGAAUCUUCGAAGGAAGACGCAGAGAAACUAAACUCGAUGAAGGAAAUGUUAGAAGCUAACUUGAGCACCUUCAGAAGGAGGGUGGUAGAUCUAGAAAGGGAACUUGAAAAGAGCAAAGAGAGGAUAGAAGAACUGGAAAGCAGGGUACUUACUCUUUCAAAUUCCCUGGAAAAGAGUGAAAGAGAGAAGAAUUGUCUCAAUGAGGAGUCUGGACAAGAGCUUCUGUUGCUUCGGACCCAGCUAAAUGAGUUUCAAGAGCAGAAACUCCUUUCUGAAGAGAAGUUUGAAAUUUCUUCUGCAAAACAGUUGGACCUUGAAGCUCUUCUGGAACAAAAUAAACUGCAGCUGAUGCAGCAGAUGGAGGACGCACAGAAUACAAGCAGAACCCUAGAGUUUACCAUAGAAAAAGUCACACUGGAAUUAAGGGAAUGCAAAGAGCAACUAGAUGAAAAGACCAUGCUGGUUCUGAGUCUGCAGGGCAAAUUGGAAGAAGCAGAGAAUUUGGAAAAGAUGCUGGCGGAGCUAGCUGAGCAGAAGGCCCUUUCUGAAGAGAAGUACAAUGCAGCUGCUACCGAGAAUGCUGAGCUCCUCACUUUAAUGGAUCAAAAUAAAGCAGGGCUGUUGCAACAAGUAGAAGAAGCACAAGGUUUAAGCAGGAAUCUGGAAAGGUCUCUUCAGAAAAUUGCUACAGAACUGGAUGAAACAAAGGGGAAACUACAGGACAAGGAACAGCAGAUGUCCACUUUAGAAUGCAAGUUGGAAGAGAUGGAUGAAUCUGAAAAGAAAUGCCGUGCAGAACUGUUACAAUAUGAAGCAGAAAGGGACUGUCUGAAAGGUGAAAUUGAGAACCAGCAGAGAGAUCUAAACCAGCUACAAGCCAAGGUUCAAGUGGAGUCUGAGGCCAGCGAGUCUUCUGAGGCAGCUAUCCGUCAUCUGAAAUCCACUUGCACAGAUCUAGAAGCCCAACUCCAAUCUUCAGAUGCUGAGAAGCAACUUCUUUUGCAGAAAGUAGAUGAGCUGACAGAAGACUGUGACCUCUUACAAAGCAAACUACACGAGGCAGAAAUGGAAAUAAAGACUCUCCAUGAGCAACUCUCCUUGGAAAAAAAGGUGCUGGAUGAGCAACUACAGACAAAUCAGCAGCAAAUUGAAGGCACCAAUACUCGGCUCCGCUCUGCAACUGUAGAAAACACAGAACUGAAAGAGACAAUAGACAAACUCCGCAUUGAACUGGAAGCGCAGGCAGAAAAAAGCCGCAGUGAUGCAGGAGGAUUUCAGAACAGACUUUUACAGUCGGAGUCUAAGCAGCAGGAGGCACUGGAUACAUUACUGAUACAGCACAAAGAGGAAAUCCAGACUUACCAAAGCAAACUGGCCUUGGCUGAAGAGCAUAUAAAUGGGCACGGACGUGAGGUUCAGAGGUUAAACGCAGCUAAUGUGGAGCUGACUGACUCUCUGAGCUCUGCUCACCGGCAACUAGAGGAGCUGAACCAACUUAAGGUGAGUUUUGCGGAGCUGAAGGAGGAACAUGCGGGCGCCUGCACCAGCCUCAAGCACUGGAUGGAAUCCUGCACAGAACUAGAACUGGAGAAAGAUCGGCUGCUGGGAAAGAUAAAGGAGAGAGAAGAGCAAUUCAGGAACCUUCAGCCAAAACAACAAAAUGCGGAAGGCGGUUCUAACGAGGACUUGUUAACGGAGAUUGAGGAGCUGAAACAGUGGCUGGAGGAGAAGACUUUAGAGGCAGACGAGAGUGUGGAGAAGUACUGCACCCUAAUGAUUAAAUCCCACAAACUGGAAGAAGACAAUGACACCCUAAAGAAGCAGCUUGAUUUCCUCAGCUCCAAACUGAAGCAACUGGAAACCAGUAAAGAGGUCCCACCCCCACCCCAUGGAUCAGACCAUCCACCUCCCCAGAGCAUGGAUCGACCUGGAGGAAACCAUUGCAAGAGGAGGCGAGAGCAAGAUGUUACUUUAGAUAAAGACGAACCACAAUCUCCCACACCCCAGGGUUUGCCCAAAAGGGUUAGAAAGUCUGUGAGUCGUACUGUGCCCCAUCCACGUUCCACUGAGGAAGAGCGAGACUUCCAGCCGGAUGGGCUCCCGGAGGUUGUGCAAAAAGGUUUUGCAGAUAUCCCGUCCGGAAAACAAAGUCCUUUCAUUCUAAGGAGAACGGCGGCGGCGGCACCCGUCCGGAAAAGCCCUCGACUCGCUGCACUUAAACCUUCCCCGUCCUCCCACAUUUCGGAAAAUCUGGACAAUCCGGUGAAUUUCUCCAGUCCAGCAGCAGGGGGCAGCAAAGCACAGCAGUCGAAGUUCUCAGAAGCCGGCAGGACUGGAUCAGAAUUUGGACCCAUGGAAGUGUCUUCCCCACUCUCGGCCUACAACAGACUCCACAACCCCGGAGCUGACAGUCUAAUGAACAGGAAAUUGACAAUAGAAAGGAUUUCAGAGAAACUUUUACACGACGAGUCUGAGACUGAGGAAGCCUGUCAUGUACAGUAAAAAUCAUCGGCCUCGUUCGCUCUAUUCGCCAUUUUUAUUCAUCCAAAAAUAUCCACUAACAUUUUUGCCUUGAAAUGAACUUUUUAACUCAUUUUAUCACUUUUAUCGCUUUUUUUAUUAUUUAAACCGUGAAUGUUUUACUCCCUUGUGUUACUUGUACAGUUGUAAAUACGGCGGAUGUAUGUACAGAAAAGGUGCGCAUCUCGUUUUUAUACAAUUUCUAAUGAAAAACUCCAAAAUCUGUCGCUUAGGUUGGUGUCUUUUUUUAUAUUCUUCCAUGUUUCUGUAUUUGCAUCAUACGGCCGGUGGGAAAUCUGCGCCGUGUGUGAUGUAAUAAAAGAAACGUCCCCCAAA